UUUAGGAGGGAAUACUGCCAUUCUGGUCGUGGGUGUGUGGAGUGACGCAGUCCUUAAUUUGCAUAUAACCAGGGAUAUAUAUAACUUCGCUAGUCGUUCACUCUCAAUUUAUCAUAGUCGAGGAAAUUAACAUGCCAGACCCAGCUAAACCUGCUCCCAAGAAGGGUUCUAAGAAAGCCGUGACCAAGACUGCUGGCAAAGGAGGGAAGAAACGCAGAAAGUCCAGGAAGGAGAGCUAUGCUAUCUACGUGUACAAGGUCCUGAAGCAGGUCCACCCUGAUACUGGUAUCUCUUCCAAGGCGAUGGGCAUUAUGAACUCCUUCGUAAACGACAUUUUCGAGCGUAUCGCCGGAGAGUCUUCCCGCUUGGCCCACUACAACAAACGCUCCACCAUCUCUUCCAGGGAGAUCCAGACUGCAGUGCGCCUGCUGCUGCCCGGUGAGCUGGCCAAGCACGCCGUGUCCGAGGGAACAAAGGCUGUCACAAAGUACACCAGCUCCAAGUAAAGUGUUAAUGUAA